CGAUAAAGCGAAAGAAUUAGGUGAUAUGCUUUAUAUGGGAUUUGAUACCCCAAAUCGCCUACCGGGCUUUUGGGUCAACUUCGAAGACGCCAGGAAUGGAACCCAGCUAGCUGGCACGCACGACCCGUCAGCUUCUCCAGGCUCAUUAGCUAUGGAGUUUACCCGUUUAUCCCAGCUGACGGGAAAUCCGAAAUACUUCGAUGCCGUGGAUCGCAUUACGAGGUUUCUGGAAGGCACGCAAUUCAAGUCUAAACUUCCUGGGAUGUGGCCGAAGAUGAUCAAUUUCAGAGAAGAACGAGUUGAUACCGAUAAUAGCUUCACGCUGGGAGCCUUGGCAGAUUCACUAUACGAGUAUCUACCCAAAAUGUUUGCGCUACUCGGCGGCCGAGAUCCGUCGUACGAGAAGAUGUACAUUGGAGCCAUGGCAAUAGCAGAGCAACACAUACUUUUUCGGCCCAUGGUCGCAGAUCGAGAUGACAUCCUCUUCGCUGGCGAUGCCUUCGUCUACGCCGACCGGAUAGAGCACGUGUCUGAUGGCCAACACCUCGCAUGCUUUGCGGGUGGUAUGCUUGGGCUUGGGGGCAGACUUUUCUCCGUCGAUAACCAUGUUGCUCUGGGUGAGAAGGUCGCGCGAGGAUGUGCAUGGGCGUACGACGCGUUUCCGUCCGGCGUGAUGCCGGAGAACUUCAACCUCAUUCCUUGCGAAGCCCGGAAGACCGGCGAUACCCAGAAGGACGACGAAUGCCUCUGGGAUGAGUCAAGGUGGAAGAGCGAGGGAGAUCCGAGGUUGAAGAAGGGCUUCCGAAAUGCCCGCGACCCGAGAUAUAUCCUCCGUCCUGAAGCUAUUGAGAGCAUAUUUCUGUUAUACAGGAUGACGGGCCGACAAGAUCUCCAAGACAUUGCCUGGCGAAUGUUUGAGUCCAUUCUGAAAGCAACAGAGACGGAGCACGCCCAUUCAGCUAUAGCCGAUGUCACCGUUCCGCCGGAUCAGACGAGAAAAUUGGACGAGAUGGAGAGCUUCUGGCUUGCUGAGACUCUCAAGUACUUCUAUCUCAUUUUUUCACCACCGGAUCUCGUUAGUCUGGACGAUUACGUUCUCAACACAGAGGCACAUCCGUUCAAGAUCCCCAAGUAAGCAAAAUCGCAGAGCUGAAAAGGACAUUGACGUUUGAAAUUCCGCACAUACACAUACUGGUUCGGAUGGUGAUACAUGUCAUGAUGACUACAUUUGGAGGGCCCCGCGUGGGAGGGAAUUGUUUUGAAAUAGCUAUAAGACUGGAGAAUAUAUGA